AUGUUUGACCAUAUCCCUCCAGGUCCCGUCGACCCGUUUUUCCAUCUGAAGAAAAAGGCCGAUCGGGAUAAUCACCCAAAUAAGGUCGACAUAGGGGUGGGCAUAUAUCGGAAUGAGCAAGGAACCUACCAGGAGCUUGUUGUCGUGAAGAAGGCAAAGAAAAUACUGGACCAGCUCGACUUGGGGCACGACUAUGGACUCACCACUGGCGAUGAUAAAUUCCUUAAGCUUGCUGCUGAAGUCAUGUUUGGCGAAGAAAAUGAAGCCUUGGUAUCAGGGCGGAUCGCGUCGGUCCAGACUCUCUCAGGAACAGGAGCCAACCACAUCGCCGCUAUCCUUAUGGCUAGAUCACUGGAUCCAAAGCCGACCAUCUACCUCGGAGUGCCUACCUGGAAUAACAUGAAGCCGCUCUGUGAGUACGCCGGCUUAGAGACUGUCGAGUAUCCAUAUAUAGACACCCAAACAUCCGAACUCUCCUUCCAGCCUUGCAUCGACGCGAUCAGAAACGCCCCUGCCGGGAGUGUAUUCGUUCUACAGGGCUGUUGCCACAACCCUACUGGCAAGGACAUUACGCCAGAGCAGUGGCAGCUGCUCGGAGAGGAAAUAAAAGCUCGCGGUCACCUGCCUUUCAUUGAUAUUGCCUACCAGGGACUCGGUGAUGGGUUAGAUGAGGAUGCCGUGGGCGUCCGGAUACUUUCGCGUCUCGGAAUUGACAUGAUCGUAUGCCAAUCAUUCUCCAAGAAUUUUGCGCUCUACGGGGAGCGCUGUGGAGUUCUUUAUGUAGUCACACGCUCAGCUGAGGUCGCGACUAACACCAAAGAUCAACUGCGAAGCCUGAUACGGCGUGAGUACUCCUCUUCGCCGGCAUACGGAUCGCGGUUGGUUACGAUCGUGCUAGAGGAUACCGAGCUGCGUCGGCAAUGGCAUCGACUCCACGAGGAACUGACGAUGGUUCUCCAGACACCAGGUCAUUGGAACCACAUUAUUGAGGAGAAGGGGCUCUUUUCUUGCCUUGCCCUCACCCCCGAACAGUGCAAUGCGCUUAUCGACGACCACCACGUGCAUCUCCCGGUUAGCGGCCGUAUAAAUAUCGCUGGGUUGAAUACGGAAAAUGUCGAGCGGACGGCCCGUGCGAUUGAUGCAGUGGUCCGGGGGAAUAUGCCCUAA